AUGGAUGACAACUCACAAUCAUCUCAACUUCUUCGGAUUAAGCGCUAUGCUCAAUCUCUCAAAAAACGCCACAUUUCAUUGUCACAAAAGCCGUUGAUCGCCACAUUUCAAUGUCAAAGAAACCCUUUCUUCAACUUAAUCCUUCUUGUGCGUUUGAAGCGACUUACGGGGUUGGUUUUCUAUCGGCUGCGUCGCGGGUUCAGGUUGAAAAAGGUCGAAGAGGCUAUCUUCUCAAUCUUCGCCCAAACAUCCGCAAUGCUAGAGCGCUUGCUAGUCGGAUGUUCUGGCAGUGAUCCAUUCUCCGUGAUUAUCGUGGAUCCUCGAACAGGUGUGGCUUCGUGGAGUUACAAAGGCUCCGAAUUGCAAGGCGCAGCGGUGGGAUUUGUGGAACCGCUAGGUGUCAGCGGUGACCAUCUUGUGUUGUCUAUCAAAGAUCGGCCACUAAUUCAUGCAUUGGCCGUACAUCCGCGUGAUCGAUAUCAUCAAAAAUCCGUUGUUGCUGGUGUGGUAGCUGCUUUAUGCAUAAAUAGAGAUGGGUCGUUGCUGUUUGCGGCCGUAGGGACCCAGCUUUACGUAUGGCUUCUUUCCAGCGGUGAAUUGCUAACAGUCAUAGAUGCUCAUUAUCAAGCUAUGACAAGGAUCGCUUUGUCAGCAGAUGAAAGCGUGCUUUUUACGGCAUCAACUGACGGUGCUAUAAACUGCUUCUUGGUUUCUGACAUAAUUUCGCAAGAUCGCGAUCGCACAGUUGAACCUUUGCGAAACUGGCGAGCUCAUACUUUGGCUGUCAAAGGUCUAUCUGUCAGUUGUGGAUCAAAUCCACGUGUUGCUAGCUGUGGGUUAGAUCAUCUUGCUCUGAUACACUCAGUCUCUCUCAAUGACGUUUUGUUGAAAGUGUCUGCUGAUCGGCCACUUACUGCUUGUGCGUUGGAUGCAGCUGAGUCGAGGUUAUUCUUAGGUUCGGACACUGGAAAUAUAGCGCAAAUAAAUUUAUAUGCACUGGACGAUCGACGUGAAAUUUUAAUCCAAGUAGCAGACGAGAAAAAUGAAAGAGUACCGGUUUUCAAUGGUCACUGCGAUGAAAUCACAAGCCUAUGUGUCAACGCUGAUGGUUCGUUAUUAGCUUCUGGUGAUAGUGCAGGGAAAUAUUGCAUAUGGGAAAUUUCUAGCCGACAGUGUUUGAAGGUAUCCACGAUGCGCGGACCGAUCUCUUCAUUACGAUUUGUCGCUGACUGGCCCAGCAUAACGGCAUCCGAGCAUAUAUCCAUGCAUCCAGUAUUCGAUUUGCAACGAAAUACAUCGAGAGGUGAAAAAAUAAUGGUGAAGCCGAGCGAAGGGAAGAAUCGCAAUAACGAUUUCUGGCAUGGAGAAGUAGACCGACUGAUAGCAAUCGCUUUACAAGAGACUACCCAAAGCGAACCCAACGCAAAGACGAAGAAAAAGAAAAGGAAGCUGAUGAAGACAAAUGGAAACGAUAAAUCUGACGUUGUUGUAUUGGAUGACGAUAUUAUGGAAGUCACGGGCGAGUCUCGCCACGAUUCCGUUUCUAGCGCGGCUACCUCGAAAGAGGAUAGAGAGUUGAUACAGAAACAACAGGAAGAAAUACAAAAAUUGAAAAGAAUUAAUGCUGAAUUGUAUAGUUUUAUGGCAAAAGAAUUAACAGAUAAGUACAGGUCUAAAGAAGCCUUGUCGCUAUUUUCACACCAUCUUAAUGUGAUUUCAUAUUUGAGUAAACGUAGCGCCGUGGAAACGACGAACUGGUAUACGGUAGCCGGCCACGCCGUAGCUCAACGGAGAGUCGAUUCGACCACAUCUUUUGUAAUGUUCUUAUACAGCUGGAGCGCACAUUCUUGGCUUAUCUGCAUCAUCUCAUCUUAA